AUGGAUUAUCAUCUUAAAGCUAAUGAUUUAUGGCCUUUAGCCCGAUUCUCAAUGGACUAUCCGCUUGUUAAUCACAGGAUCCUCAGUAGGAAGUAUAUAGGUAUACAAACCUUCAGAACGAACGAAUACCUCAAGGAACCCCCUUCAUUCAACCUCACUAUCCUCAUUUAUUUCAUUGAGUCCAUCAAAUCUGUAUCAAUAGAUAUUUUAAACACUCUACAACUAUUAAUCAAUCAAUUAGACUUAUACUUUAACUCUUCUCAAUCCGUAUUAGAGCUCUCUAAUAAACUAUUAGAGGUCAUCAAUAUUCGGCUAUCUCUUGAACCACAAUUCACCAUUCAUCAACUUCAGAGCAGGCUAUUCCUGCGAUUGAGUCUUCUUUCUACCUCACCAGCCAGAUCUCCUUCCUUCUACUCUAUAAAUAUCUAUAGAUACCCCUUUUUUAAACAUACUACAUCGAUCGAAAUGGCUCCAACCACACCAAGCGCUAAGAAGAACUUGGUACAUCGUCCUCAAUCCACCUCUUCGAAGAAGAUCAAGCCCUACAAGGCACCGUCUCGACGUCAAUCAGAAGUCAUUUCUACUUCUACUCCUCUCCUCACCCAAGCCUUAGCCUCUGAGAUCUUAAAUCUCGACUCCACCGGCCAACAAACUGCUGUUAAUCAGGCUAAACCUUUAGCUGAUACUCAAGAUGAUGAUGUGGAGAUGGCUAAUGACUCAAACUCUGCGAAUAACCCCGAUUCCCACCCUGUAACUCAAUCUUCUACCGCUUCUAAUACUUUACCUUCUUCAAAUCAAACGAAAGGAAAGAAGGACGACGACGACGAUGAACCAUCUGAAGAUGAUGGCUCUGGAUCUGACUCUGCCUCCGGUGAUUCUGACGAUGAAGGAGGCGAAAAUGAUGAUGAUGAUGCCAAUCAUCAGUCAAUCAAAGUUGAACCUACUACCAUAGAAGGCUCUGACGACUUGGAAAUCAUUGGAGGUCAUAUUAUGACUGAAGCCACUAACAUUGUCACUAGGAUGCCUUUUCGUAAGUCAUCCUCUCACCUUUACUCCUUCUACACUCAAUUAAAUAACUGA